AUGUCUGCCCUAGAUGAGGCAGACACAGAAGCGGAUGAAGAGGACAUUGAGGCAGUGUUGGAGAAAACUGCUGAAGAUUUUUCUCCCACAGAAGCGGAAACUUCAGGCAACAUGCUUGCUAACAUGAAGAAGCUCACUACUGCCAUCUACAAAAGACCUUGGCUUGAUUCUCCUCCGUCUUUCCAUGCCCCUUUGGUGUGUGAUACUGAGGAUGGAGAUAAUGAGGACAGAGAGAGACGUGAGAAGCUCCUCCAUGAUGGAGGGGGUCUGGAUGUGGCGGAGGUCUUAGACACAGGUUUAUCUGAUAUAACAACAGAGGUAAAUGUAUUCUUCCCUAUACAGGGAGCUGCAGACAUAUUACUGGAUGUAAACACAGCUCAUAAUUUUCUACAGAUAUCAAAUGACAGGAAAACUGUAUCCAAGUCAGAUAUAGACCAGAAUCAUUCAGAAACACCAGAGAGAUUUCAAGAUUGUGCUCAGGUGUUGAGCAGUCAGAGUUUCUCCUCAGGGAGACAUUACUGGGAAGUGGAUUUUGGGGGAUCACAUAGAUGGAGAGUUGGGAUGUGUUACCCCAGUAUAGAUAGGAGAGGAAAACAGUCAGGGAUUGGAUGCAAUAACAAGUCCUGGUGUUUGUACAGGGAUGGUGGUCUGCGUAGGAUGGUACAUAACAGUAAAAAGAUCCCCUUGUCCACUAAUAUCUCCAGUAACAGAGUCAGGAUAGAUCUGGAUUAUGAGGCCGGGCAGAUCUCCUUUUAUGAUCUGUGUGACCCGAUCCGACACCUCCACACCUUCACCACCACCUUCACUGAGCCCCUCCAUGCUGGGAUAGGUGUAUGGAAAGGUUGGAUAAAGAUAUGUAGUGGGAAUCAGGAGAUGGGAGAAAUCUGCCCAGAGACUGGUGACAUCACAGGGAGGAUAUCUAGUGCCAAGAACCCCGAGCAAGGGCAAGCUGUUGCAGCGGACCCUACUAAGAAGGGAGAAGGAACUCAGCAACAUGUUCCUAAGGAACUGAAUCGAAGGGCUGCUGCAUCACUAGCAAUAUUUCUAACUAGGAUGUUCUUGAGCGAUGACCAGAGGUCAUCCUCAGGACUUGAGCAGGACCCUACCAUGCCAUCUAGGGGGGGCACAGCUAAGACAGCCUUGGGGCAAAAGGUGACAAAUAGGAAGAGCAAUACUAUUGGGGCUACUAAGUUGGUGAAGGGGUUUCCUGACCCUUUGGGGGAAGAACCUGUAGUGAAGAAUCAUAGCUCUGUCUGCCAGGCAUCGGGAGGAAAACUAGAGCAGGUGCCUGCUGCAAUGCCAGCAGUGGCUUCCAUAAAGAUGGUCCCUGAACCCCAUCCUGAGAAAUUCCAGGAGCAGAAGGCUUCAAGGACCCCACUUUUCAAUCCUGUUGCCCAGACUAAGGACCUGGAGGAACCCAUGGAGGGACCCAUUGGCCCAAAAAUCAAGGGCAGCAUAGAGGGAAAGGAGCAGAGCCGCACUAGAGAGGCGAGUGAUGAGGAGACUGCACGUCUCUCAGGGGAGCACCUAAAGUGGGAGUCUGCUGCAUUAGAGAGAAUCAUUUCAGAAUACUGUUCCAGUGAAGGAGGAGUUCGGGGCCAGGCAGAGUUGGCAUAUACUUCUGCCUCGGACCUGGUCAACCAUGUUGGGUUCGGGUUCCCUGCUGGGAAUUCAGACUUGCAGGAUAUUUUCACUGGAGGAACUUUAAACUCUGAAAUUGACUCAGAGUAA